AUGUAUAGAUUGGAUCAGGUUAAGAACAUCGCUGGGAGGCUUGAUCAAGUGGCGUCUCGGAUCUUGCGCACCAGACGGAACUUGAUGAUACGGCCGCCGGAGCAAAUUAGGCCAUAUCUGAGACGAGUCGGGUUUGAGUACGUCGCAUACAUGGUGGAGUUUGAGCAUGAUUGGUCGCUCGUCUCAGCAUUGAUAGAGAGGUGGAGGCCUGAGUCCUAUACAUUUCAUUUAUCGUGCGGGGAGAUGACCAUCACCCUGCAGGACGUAGCAUAUCAGUUGGGACUUAAGAUUGAUGGUGAUCCUGUGAGGGGAUGCAUUGGUGUGUGGGAGCAGCACCAUCAGGGACGGACCAUUAGGGAGUUAUGUGAGCAGAUACUGGGUAUUGUUUCUGGCCCAGAGGACAGACAGUCACAGACGAAGUGGAUUGUCAAGCUCAUUUGGUUCCACAAUACGGUUUGUGGAGAGCUAGAGCAGGAUGCCACAGAGGAGCGGCUGAUGAGGUAUACGAGAGGAUACAUCAUGCAGUUGAUAGGCGGUAUCCUCUUCCCCGAUGCAUCUGACUCUCGGGUGCAUAUCAGGUGGCUUCCCCUGCUGGAGGACCUUGAUGCAUGUCGCCAGUUGUCGUGGGGUUCAACUGUACUGGCAUGA